ACACACAAAAUUGACCAACCACAAGUUUUAUCAUUUUCCCACUUUCCUUCCAUUCUCUCUAACCAUUUUUGUUCAUGUUCCUUAUUCCGAUUCCUCUUCUUAUCAUUUGAUUCAAAGAAUAUAUUAUAUCUUUUCUAAUUUCUCCAGUCGUCGUGUUUCCUAAGCAAGUGGAAACAAGUCUCUGUUUUUAUCUUCUUCUUACUUUUUUUUACUCUGUUUUUUUAUCUUGGUUAGAGUUAGUUAAAGAUAUGGGUUUUUCGAAGAAAUCUCAAUUAGACGGAGGUUUAGAUACCGACGGGAAGAAAUGGGUUAUCGCCGGAAUUUCGAUUCGGGCAUCGUUGAAACCGGUGAAGACGAAACUCAGAGCGCCGGAGAUCGAAGCCGGAGUUGAAGAAGAGGAAGAAUGUUCGAUGACGCCGACGGCGAAGGAAGCAAAGAUACCGGAGAAAUUGAAAUGUCCACCAACGCCUAGGAAACGACGGUCGGCGUUAAAAUGUCGGAGUAACGCCGUUAGAGAGUUCUUUACGCCUCCUCGUGAUUUAGAGACGGUGUUUUUACGGCGCCGUUAAAUAACAAAAGUAAACAUUUUAGUGAGUUUUUGAGUUUGUUUUUAAUUACAUGCCAUGAAACUUCGGUUACAAUAUUAGUAGUUAGGUUUUUUAAGAGUGUUUGGAUUUCAAUAUUCAGUUUGUUCUCUUAGCUUUUUAGUUAUUUUUUUUGUUUGUUAUGAAAGAGAGUUUAGUGUACAAAGAUGUGAAUCUAAUGAUGAUAAUGGUCAGACUCUAAAUUAGCUUAAUUACAUAAUUUGUUCAUCA